ACAACAAAGUUUACAAGUGCUUUGGACAUACCUGUGGAGUUUGUAGAAAAGAAUGUGAAAUUGCGGGGAAAGCUACAUCACGUAACUGAGAAAGGCCUGGAAGUGGAACACAUUCCCAUUAGCAUUCCUUUCCUUACAUCGAUACAGAGAAAAUCAAAAGGUCUUCUGCUGGUAAGACUUGCCGGAGUGGAGUUGGCUCCGAGGGGCAUGGCCUGGUUACAGCAAGAGCUAAAACCCAAACAAAUGAUAUGGUUCCAGCUUCUGGGAAGGGAGGACUUGGCACUCGAGUGCCUUGUCUUAGUAAAUAAGGGUCGAUUUCUGAGCGUGUGCUUAAAUGAAGAGAUCUUGAGACAAGGGCUCGGCAGAACAGCACGUAUUGAAGGACUACAUCAUGAUUCCCGCCUGUACUGGAAACUUCACAAAAGGCUCCUUCGAGCAGAGUUAAGGGCCUUGAAGAAAAAUAAAGGAAUAUGGAAAGAAGAAAGCUACUCUGAAAGAAUUAGAGGUCAUAUAAGGGACAGGGUGAGGCUGGGUUUUGCAAAGGGCAGCGAGCAGCCAGCCGUGAAGUACCUGCACUGCAGAUCCCGGUGUCGGAAACCAAUGUGGGGGAGAGGGGAAGCAGCUCUGUGGGCAGAGGCAGACCUCGAUGGGAGCUGGAAACCAG